UAAAAUAUUAAAGAAAAAUCUACAAGUUCGGAAAAUAUCCGGAAAAUCAAAAUUUCCUAAAUGUCUGCAACAAGAAUUCUGUCUUCGUUGAGCAAAGUAUUUUACCCUGCGUCCAUAAGAGUGUCUGCUAUGUCCACAGCAGGAGAAACAAACGCUUUGCCAGAGUAUGAGACCCUUAGCCUCUCCUCACCUCAAGAGUAUGUCGUUCAAGUUGAGCUAAACAGGCCGGAGAGGAGAAAUGCAAUGAACAAAACCUUUUUUAGGGAAAUGAUAGAGUGUUUUGCUGCUCUCAACAAGGAUAGUAAUUGUCGCAGUAUUGUACUCAGUGGAGCUGGGAAAUCCUUCACAGCUGGUCUUGAUCUUAAUGAUGCUGCCUCUGAUUUGUUCUCAAGUGAGCAUCAGUCAGAUCCAGGAAGGCAAGCUUUCAACUUCAGAGAAAAUUUUUUAAUGCCCUACCAGCAGUCAAUCACCUGUGUUGAAAAGUGUAAAAAGCCAGUCAUAGUAGCAGUACAUGGUGCUUGUGUAGGCGGAGGAAUUGAUCUCAUCACGGCUUGUGACAUACGACUAUGCAGCUCUGACACUUUCUUCCAAAUAAAGGAGGUAGACAUUGGCCUAGCAGCAGAUAUUGGUACACUGCAAAGGCUCCCAAAGAUUGUCGGUUGCGAAAGUUUAGUGAGAGAGCUGGUGUUCACUGCACGCAAGUUUAGCUCAGAAGAGGCAGUUGCAAUGAAACUAGUGAGUCAUGUGUAUCCUGAUCGACCUGCUCUGAUUGAAGCUGCUGUGAAGAUGGCGUCACUCAUCGCAAGCAAGAGUCCAGUUGCUGUCCAAGUCUCAAAAAUUAAUCUCAACUAUUCACGUGAUCACACAGUUGAUGAGUCUCUGGAUUAUAUGGCGACUUGGAACAUGUGUAUGCUACAAAGUGAAGAUCUCCUCAAAGCAGUGCAAGGCCAAUUGCAAAAAGAAACACCAAAAUUCUCCAAACUGUGACAGCCAAGAGAAAAGUUAUUAUUAUGACAAUUAAUUAAAAUCGCAAACACAAUAUCAAAAAUAACAUCAAUAAUAUUAAUAAUAA